CCCCAGCACUCUGAUACUUGAGAAUUCAAACAAACAGACAAACUCUCUCUACAUUAGUAGAGCAUGGGCUCGAUAGCUCAGGGUUCGAGUUCCAUGGCUAAUAUUGGCCAUGGGAAGAAGGAGAAGGGGGCGAGUAGCCAUUUCCAGAUGCCAUUGCAUUAUCCGAGGUACACGAAGUCUGAUUAUGAGAAGAUGCCGGAGUGGAAGCUCAACUGCCUCUUCAAUGAGUACGGGCUCCCUGUCUCUGGGGAUCUUAACUAUAAGAGGAAGUAUGCAAUGGGUGCCUUUCUUUGGCAUUGAAUGAAUUGAUUAUACAAAAGUGCAUGGAUGAAUUAGAAGAUACAGUCUAAAUAAAAAUAUUCUAGAGAUGUAUGUAUGUGGUAAAUAAAAAUUAGCGUUUGUAUUGUUUACUUACUAGCUUCAUGUGAGCUAUAUAUAUGUUUAGGGUUGUACA